GGUCGUGCUCGUGACAGUUUCGUGUCGUGUCAAAAAGCUCGAUCCGCACUAGUGGAUAAUGCUCCUCUAUAAAGAGUACGACAUGUCGUUGUGAAACUAACAACAAACGACAGCUCCUCUAUAUAAUAAUAACAUAUUUAGACUUCCCAAUUUUUUUGUUAAUUUAGUAUUUUAUGAGGUAGGAGUUGAUUGGAAAGAAUAACGUUAAAACGACAUCGUCUAAAUGCUCAGAAACGUAACAAACGACAGGAGCAUUCAUCGUCACAAGAGCUCCGAUCUUUGGCAGAGAUGUACAAAUGUCAGACUCCUCAAACAAAUCCACGCUUCCAUGCUUGUCAAUGGCUUCAAUUCAAAUGCUUCUGCUCUCAGAGAAUUCAUUUUCGCCUCUGCUGUCACCAUUUCAUGCACCAUUGACUAUGCCCACCAAGUGUUUGCUUUUAUUACCCAACCAGACACAUUUAUGUGGAACACCAUUAUUAGAGGCUCAGCUAGGAGUGGUAAUCCCUUUAAUGCUAUUUCCUUAUAUAAUCAGAUGGAAAGCCAAUAUUUCAAACCUGAUUGUUUCACGUUUCCUUAUCUCUUCAAGGCUUGUACUAAGCUUUGUUGGGCAAAGAUGGGUUUUGGGAUUCAUGGGAAGGUUGUGAAGUUCGGGUUUGAAUCCAACAAGUUUGUGAGGAAUGCCCUUAUUCAUUUUCAUGCAAAUUGUGGGGAUUUGAGUGUUGCAGCUGCACUUUUCGAUCAAUCUGAGGAGACGAAGACAGAUGUUGUAGCGUGGUCGGCUUUGACUGCAGGGUAUGCUAGACGAGGCAAUCUUGGUAUUGCUAGAAAGCUUUUUGAUCGAAUGCCUGAAAGAGAUUUGGUUUCUUGGAAUGUGAUGAUUACUGGGUAUGCAAAGCAAGGUGAAAUGGAGUGUGCAAGGAAACUUUUCGAUGAGGUUCCUAGAAGGGAUGUUGUGACUUGGAAUGCAGUAAUUGCAGGGUAUGUAAGCUGUGGUUCUAACACGAAAGCGUUAGAGAUGUUUGAAGAAAUGAGAAAUGUUGGGGAACAGCCUGAUGAAGUGACAAUGCUGAGUCUCUUGUCUGCUUGUACUGGUCAAGGAGACUUAGAAAUUGGCCAAAAGAUACACAGCUCAAUUUUGGAGAAGGGUUCAAGAAAUUUAAGCAUUCUACUAGGAAAUUCACUAAUUGAUAUGUAUGCAAAGUGUGGGAAUAUCCAAAGGGCACUUGAAGUUUUUGAUGGGAUGAUGAACAAAGAUGUUUCAACUUGGAAUUCAGCUAUAGGAGGAUUGGCUUUCCAUGGCCAUGCUGAGGAAUCAAUUACUCUGUUUCAAGACAUGUUGAGGAGUAAAAUUAAGCCAAAUGAAAUCACUUUUGUUGGUGUUUUGGUUGCUUGUAGCCAUGCUGGGAAUGUUGAAGAAGGUAAGAGGUAUUUCAAUCUCAUGAGAAGUGAAUACAAGAUUGAGCCGAAUAUAAAACACUAUGGCUGUAUGGUUGACAUUCUAGGCCGUGCUGGGCUGUUAAAUGAAGCGUUUGAGUUUGUAGAGACAAUGGCUAUUGAUCCUAAUGCCAUUGUGUGGAGGACACUUCUUGGAGCUUGUCGAAUUCAUGGCGAUGUUGAGCUUGGACAGCGAGCGAACGAGCAACUGCUUCGAAUGAAAACGAAUGAGAGCGGUGAUUAUGUUCUUCUUUCUAACAUAUUUGCUUCACAUGGAGAGUGGAGUGGGGCUGAAAAGGUGAGGAAGUCGAUGGAUGACAAUGGUCUGAUGAAAGAGGCUGGCUUUAGUCUAAUUGAAUCCAAUAAUAACAUGUUUGUUAACCAAUUUUUGUUUGAUUCAAAAGUUAACAAAUCUAUAAAUAUAUUAGAAGGCAAGGAUGUUAGUUAAGUCAAUUAAAACAUUUGUAGAUGUAACAAAAUCGUUUACUUGAGAAGCAAUUUAUAAAUAUAUUAGCUUUCUCAA